GCACCGGCGGCGGCAACAGCAGCGGCAGCCGCGCAGCCCCGCGGAAUGGAGCGGCGCCGGGGCUGAGCCGGGCGCGCACGGGCCGCCGCAUGUGCCGCGCGGGGAGCGGCUGCGGAGCGCGCGGGGAACGAGCGCCAGAGGGCCCGUCGGAGCGGCCGCCGGAGCAGCGCCGGAGAUGGGAGAACAGCCCAUCUUCACUACGCGGGCGCACGUCUUCCAGAUCGACCCCAGCACCAAGAAGAACUGGGUGCCUGCUAGCAAGCAGGCAGUCACCGUUUCCUACUUCUACGAUGUCACCAGGAAUAGCUAUCGCAUCAUCAGCGUGGAUGGAGCCAAGGUGAUUAUAAACAGCACCAUCACACCCAAUAUGACCUUCACCAAGACGUCGCAAAAGUUCGGGCAGUGGGCUGACAGCAGAGCCAACACGGUGUUUGGCCUGGGGUUCUCCUCGGAGCAGCAGCUGACAAAGUUUGCAGAGAAAUUUCAGGAGGUGAGAGAAGCUGCCAAACUAGCCAGAGACAAGUCCCAGGAGAAAAUUGAGACCUCAAGCAAUCAUUCCCAGGUGUCCAGUGUCAACGGGACAGACGAUGAAAAGGCCUCUCAUGUGGGUCCUGCUGACACACACCUCAAGUCUGAGAAUGACAAGCUGAAGAUCGCCUUGACACAGAGUGCCGCCAACGUGAAGAAAUGGGAGAUGGAACUGCAGACCCUGCGGGAGAGCAACGCCCGGCUGACCACGGCGCUGCAGGAGUCGGCCGCCAGCGUGGAGCAGUGGAAGAGGCAGUUCUCCAUCUGCCGCGAUGAGAACGACCGGCUCCGGAACAAGAUUGACGAGCUGGAGGAGCAGUGCGGCGAGAUAACCAGAGAGAAGGAGAGGAACACGCAGCUCAAGAGGAGAAUCGAGGAGCUGGAGUCAGAACUACAGGAGAAGGAGACAGAGUUGAAAGACCUCCGCAAACAAAGUGAAAUCAUACCUCAGCUCGUGUCAGAGUGUGAAUACGUCUCUGAGAAGUUAGAGGCGGCAGAGAGAGACAAUCAGAACCUGGAGGAGAAGGUGCGUUCCCUCAAGACGGACAUUGAGGAGAGUAAGUACCGUCAGCGCCACCUGAAGGUAGAGGUGAAGAGCUUCCUUGAGGUGCUGGACGGCAAGAUCGACGACCUGCACGACUUCCGCCGCGGCCUCUCCAAGCUGGCGGCUGACAACUAGGGGCCGCGGGGGGUGGGGGGGGCUGCGGGGGGGGGUGGAGCGGGGGCGGCCUCCCGUGGGCGUCGCUCCCCUCCGCGCGGGUGCGGUCUGUCGUGUUUGCGCCCCGGUGGGCCGUCCACCCUCACCUCCCCGCCUGGCCAGGCUGCGGACCCCGGGACGCCGCUGACUCAGGAACCCCGCGCCAGCUCCCCCUUACGCGUUUACGCAGUCAGGGCAGGGAUGUUUGUAUCUUUCUCAAGGGCUGUUGCAACCACACCAACCGGACAAAGCGUUUUCUAAUCCAGAUACAAACACCCUUUACACCUCCUUUCUCGUAAGAGCGGUCAGAGUAUUUGAGCGUCCGCCGGGCACCAGUGUGGGGGUCCCGGGGCGGGGUGGGGGGGGGACAGCUUCCCUCGCCGUCGAAACCAAGAUGCUUUCAAGCGGUCUGAGUAGAGACUCGUCCAGAGAAAGAGAACAGGUCUCUGGUGGGCGCACGGGGAUGGCCUGCAUCCGCUCUGCCCGCUUCCUCCCACCUCCAGUUUGUAGGGUUGCCACAACGUUCCUUUCCUGGGCUUUCAUUUCUGAGCAGGUUGCUGUGCUGUGGGGGCAGAGCGCAGUGAGGGUGCCUGGCACAAAGUAGGUGCUUAAUAAAUAUUUGUUCAAUUAAACUUA